GUAGGCGGAAAGGAAAGAAAGCAAAAGAGAUGGCAAAACGCCAGGAAGGUAUGUGUGCUGAAGAGCUAGAAUAAGCCAGUAUAUACGGAAGACUAAAUUAUGCUAACAAGCGCAAUAAUGUCAAUUAACAAGAGUAUGUAAAGGUGUUGUGUGUAUCCAUGGGUGGGUAUCAUCCAUCAAAGUUCAUGUUUGGGGGAGACAGAUGUUGGACGAGGGAAGCGGAAAUAGUGAAGAACGAAAUGUCGGUCGAGCUGUGGCAGACGCAAAUGACAAAUGGCACGAUGGCUCGAUGGGUGGGUGCAGUGAGACCGAGACUGGAGUGGUCAGUCAGUCGUCGUGUUCCUGCUUGUCUUUUUUUCCUUUCGGAUUUCGGGCAGAUCAUGUCGUCAACUCGCCCGCCAUUGUCCUCCGUCCCGGUGGAGAAUCGACACGAUGGCUCUUGCCUUGAGGUUUCCACUCAUUCAGCAUCUCGCCAUCGUUGUUGCCAUGCCAAGGGCAUGUUCCCCGCCAAUGAUCGCGGUGCAACAGCUUGUGACACGGCAGCGGCUUUCCCCUGUCUGGCUGUUAGACAUGCAGAUGAUCCGUCCGUUUCCUCGGAAGGCCGGCCGUCGAGGGCUGGGGCCUGGCUGGCAAGCUGGUGGGGUGAUUAGCGGACCGAACGGACCAUAACGGCCCGGACCUCCCGGAGUGGACGAGUAGUGUAAAGACCCGGCCGGACACGGUCACUGUCGGGCAACUUGUCCGUCCCCGUGAUCAGUUUGAACCCAUUCUCAUAUCAGGGUCACGACCAC